GCAUCUCACGGUCGACUUGUGUCACAGCUCGUACACAAUUUCAUGACUUUCGCACGGUGAUUUAAUCAAGUAUGGACGGCCUCUUCGCACUCGGCUCAAACGGGUCGGGCCAGUUGGGCAUAGGGCACAAAGAGGACGUCUCCGUACCAAAACAAGUCGAGUUCGCCGGCGAGGCUCCUAAGGACGAGGUCGUGCAAAUUGCUGCGGGAGGCAAUCAUACCAUUCUCCUUACGAAAUCCGGAAAAGCAUACUGGUCCGGUGACUCGUCAAGUGGCGCCUGUGGAAUCGUGCAAGACACUGAAAAUACGGAAGUGUCUAAGUUUCGCGAACUAAUCCUCUCGAACUCGGAGCGCCUUGGCCCUGUCGCUCACGUAGCUUGUACCUGGGACUCGUCUGUCCUCGUUCUGAAGGAUGAGAAUAACAGGGCGACGCGAGUCUACAUGUGCGGGGUAGCUGAUAUGGGAUCGGCAAGCGCAAACUCGGAAUCAGCCACUUCCGGAACGCCGCAUUUACUCAGUGGUUUCCCUCCGCAAGGAACAGAAGUACAAAGCCUUGCUACUGGAUUUAGGCAUGUUAUCGCCUUAUUAGACAAUGGGGACAUUUAUGGCUGGGGUAACGGGCGAAAGGGUCAACUAGGAGAAUUAGCUGAUACGGCUGAUUUAAAAGGUGUAAUACACCAUCCUCAGAAAAUCAAUGGAAUUCCUUUCAAGGUAUCUCGUGCCGUAUGUUGCCAGUAUACGACCUGUCUCAUUAGUGAGCCUGGAGAUGGUCGGAUACUUGUUCUCGGAGCAGAUAAAUGGGGACUCAGAAGCGCCGCACCUAUUGAGAUACCUAACUGGAAUAUGAUAGGCGCAAGUUGGGGGAGUAUUUAUAUCCUACAGCGAAACGGUCAACUCGUCGCGUGGGGUCGGGAUGACCACGGCCAGCUCCCACCCCUGUUACUUCCAGAAAUAGAGAAUAUCGCUGUUGGAAGUGAGCAUGUUCUAGCGUUAACUAAGGACGGUGAUGUGUUGUCCUGGGGUUGGGGUGAGCACGGAAACUGCGGGCCACAAAUCGAGAAAUACGGAGAUGUCAAGGGACGAUGGAAUAUAUUGGCAUCUCUAAAGAACUUGCCGGAGGGAUCCAAGAUUACAGCUAUUGGAGCUGGAUGUGCUACGAGCUGGAUCAAUAUUACUACAGAAGGCGUUUACCUCUGAACUAUUAUUCUACCACAGUCAGACUUCGAAGACCCACCUAAUCAGCCAUAGCCUAACCUCCAGCCAAAUUUACGAACUUGCGAGAGUCG